UACCUUUGCUCCGCGUGUUCCUCUCGCUGUGUUCCCGCGCCGUUCCGGUCUUCAGGGCGGACUGUGAGAGGAGAGGAGUUCGUCACGCUGCCCCGCCUACAUCCUGACAGCCAAUGUUUGCCACACCCCGUGGGCCGGAUUAAAAGGUCCGCCGGGCCGUAUGCGGGCCGUAGUUUGCCCAUUGCUGGGCUAGCUGCAGAGUCCUGACUUUUGGGGCGGCCGCCCGAGAGGAGGGAGGGGAGCGGGCGCCCGGCACACAGAAUAGCCACAUUAAAGUGUGCAAAGAGCCGCGGCUUGCCGACCACUGGCCUAGUGCAUUAUCCCCACAGAAUUUAUUAUAGAACCACAU